AUGGCAGGGACCUUCGCAGACUUGGAAGGUAAGAUCAAGGCAGUGAACGGGUUUGUGGAGGCGCAGAAAGGGGACGUGGAUGAAAAAACGUACAAAGCCCUGAAGAGCACGCAGCUCAAUCAGCUGUUGGACGAGAUCGGCGUCUUCCGCGGCCUCACGCCGGAGAACGCAAUCCAGGUGACCGCCAUCGUCCGCGAGGGCCCGUGGGAGCCGGAGGACAGAGCGGUCCUGGCCGGCUGCCUUUCAAACAAUCUGGCCAACCGAGGGGGCACGCCAGGGGCACAUGUCCGCCGAGCAAACCAGGACUUGCUCACCUUCGCCCCCUUCUUAAGCCUGGCAGACCCGGCGAUAUCUCAGCAUUGCAAGGCAGAUGCCGUCGCGAGCCGGAUGAUCAAAAUCCAGCUCUGGCUGGCCAGCGAGCAAGCAUACGGUGAGGUCAUUAAGACAGUGCAGGCGGCAGGCCUCGCCCUGGAAACUCCCGCGGACAAGUACGGGUUUCUGCAACUGCUCAAGAAGAUGGUGAGGACUCGGGUCAAGAAGUUUCCCAAGACGAUCGCAUUGCCGAACCCGUUCCCUGAAUUGUCGGAGACCGUACGUUCGGCAGCGUAUCAGCCUGACGAUCCCCCGGUUGUCAUCCAGGGGACGAAUGUGCAGGCCACCAUCAUGAGGAAAAGCAGUGCCGAACUCCGGCCACAAGACGCCCUGAUGGUCCUUCCGAACAAGAAACCGCGCACAAGCUUCGGGCAGCAGCAGACUCAGCAGACCCAGCAAGAGAUGUUCGUGGGCAUGGCAAACCAGUUUGCAUCCAUGAUGAUGAGCUAUAUGGGUGGCGGCUCCGCCGGUUCCAGCGGGUCGGCUGGCGCGGACUUGCCGGGGUUCCGGCUUUUGCAACCGCCAAAGGGGCAAGGCAAGCACGGUGUUGGCCAGCCUCCGGAUCAGCAGACCGAUUCGCAGCAGGACUCGCCGCCCCCGCCGCAGCAGUCACUUGCGACGCAGCGGCCAACGUUGCAGUCUCCGACGCAGCCAGAGGAAUCAGCAACGAAGCCUGGCGCCCUGACGUUUGAGAUGCCGGACACAUCAUCACCACCCAAGGAGGAACGUGCUCCUGAUCGUCAGCCGCUGAGCGCACAAGAAGCUGCCAAGGCAGUCGAGAAUGCGGUGGACAACCGCGCCGAGCAGACGAGCAAGAACAAGGUGGCCGGCAUUCUCAAAAAGCCCGCGGCCGCAGCGAAGGCCAAGUCCACCGCCAAAGCUCAGGCCAAGUCCACGGCCAAAGCUCAGGCCAAGUCCACGGCCAAAGCGAAGGCGAAGUCCCAGGCGAAGAUGACAUCUGUGACGGCAGGUCCGAACAAGGGCUGGGUUGUAGAGGUACGUGAGCGCAAAGGCGGGAAUAGUGCCGGGCAAACCGACACGUACUAUCGUUCUCCGAACGGUGGAGUUUUCCGCACGAGGGGCGAGGCCCAGAAGCACGCCUCGGUAGAGAUGGCAGCCACCAAAAUCCUGGAGGCCCAUCGCAAAUCCUUUGUGUCGCAGCGAGCGCUUGCUGAGAUAUUACAGCUGCUGCCGGAAGAGGAGGACCAACCCGCAACGUCCAGGGCCACCUUGAAACGGAAGCGAGACGUGAAGAUGAACCUCGCCACUCCGUACGGGCCACUGUGGAAGGAACUCACUGGUUUCACCAUGAAGGACGGGCCGCCACUCAAGGUGAGCUACGUCGAUCCGCUGGCGUUGCUUUGGCAUGCCUGCAAUCAAGGGGGUGGCUUCCAGGAGUUCCUGCAGAACUGUGCAGCGAGAAGCCCCUGCAGUCCACGGCAACCAUGGGAUAUAUGCCUUUAUGUGGACGAAGUCUCUCCGGGUAAUCAACUGAAGCCGUUAAACGAACGCAAGCUCCAAGUGCUGUACUUUUCCCUGAAACAGUUCGGGGGCUUGGCGCUGAGCAAAGAAGACUCGUGGUUCGUGCUGACUGCAGUGCGUUCCACCGAUGUCAAGCGCCUCACAGACGGCAUGACGCAGCUCAUGAAGAGGAUCUUUGGCAUCUUCCUUUUGGACCGGCGAGAUCAGCUGCUGCACGGCGUAAGGCUGCCCAUGCCAAAUCAACGACACUGGAUGCUUUGCCUCUUGAUCGCGGACGAGGCAGCACUCAAGAGUGUUUGGGAAGACAAAGGAGCCAGCGGCACGAAGCUCUGCUUCAUGUGCCAAAACGUUGUGUCCCAUUCCUCAGGCUUGCACACCACGGACGCAACAGGCAGUCUGGUGAGCCAUGUCAGCCACCAGAAGAGCCAAAUGCUGCAGCAGACGGACGCCAGUAUAAAGGAAGCGGCACAACACCUCGCCCAGUGCCGGCCCUUGAUGAACAAGGGCACAUUUAAAACGCGGCAAUUCGCCCUGGGGUUGAACUUCUGCGAGCACGGGGCGCUCUUUUCUCCUGAACUGCGGGAGUUUUUGAGACCUAUCUCCAUGACCAUGUUUGACUACAUGCACAACUUUGUUGUGGCUGGAGUCUUUCAUGCGGAGAUGACAAUGCUGCUGCAAGUUUUGCAAAGCCAGGGCAUACAGCAAGACGAGAUGCACAGCUUCGUGAGUGCUUCCCGCUGGCCGUCUGCGGUUGGGGACAAAGGCGCCUCCGUCAAGAAAGUCUUCGCUAAGAAGAUGAGCGAGUUCAAAUCCGCGUCGUCGGAGGCUAUGGCAUUGUACCCGGUGAUGCGGGCCUUCUUGCAGGAGAAACUGCCAAGCGUCCGGGACCACGAGUGCAGGGAAUGCUGCCGCUGCUUUUUCAUUCUUUGCGAAGUCCUGGACCUCCUCUAUAAGACGGCGGCACCACAGGAUCCUUCAAACCUAGCUGCUGUUCUGGAGCAGAAAAUCGCAGCCCACCUGGAGCUGUUCAAACAAUGCUACGGGGUGGAAAAGGUCAUUCCAAAGCACCACCUGAACAUGCACCUGGGGGACCUGCUGCGGCGUCAUGGCGUGCUCCUCUCGUGCUUCGUGCACGAGAGGAGGCACAAGGAGAUAAAGAGAUACGCGAAUAACCUCGACUCCAUGCAGGCAGGAUCCGAAAAACACAUUCUGGAAAUGGAAUUGGAGGAACACCUAAAGAACCUCCUCGUUUUCUCCGAAAGGAGAACGGGGUUGGUCAACCCCAAGGCUGCCGCCGGGUUGGUGCAAAGCGCUUUCUGCGAUUUCUUUUCUUUGCCAGGCUGUCCUGGACUGCUCGUAAGCAUGUCGUGCCACGUCGGGAAUGGCAGGCUGUGCAAGCGAGAGGACCUGGUCGUGGUCCGUGCGCCCAACGGCGAAUCAGUGGCACAGGUGUGGUUCCAUGUGGAGUUCAACGGACACGGCUACACGUGCAUGUCCGACUGGCGCGAUUUGGGGCGAAAUCGUUUUCAAACCUGUGAGGAGCCUGUGUUCCGAGCAACUGAAGACAUCUGCAGACUUUGUGCUUUCAAGACAGAGGGUGACCGUGCUUUGGUCAUACCGCUCAGUAUGCCCAUGUGA